AUGGCUAGUUAUUUUUGGGUUGCUACCGACAAACUGGAAGUAUUUGUUACGGAUUAUAUAAAGAUAUUUUACACCUAUUUCACAGAAGCAAGUUUUGUUGCUUGUUUAGAGGACAGUAAUUUAGGUUUACAAAUGAAUAAAAAAGUGUUAUUUAACGCGGGAAAACGUAUCUUAACGAAUCCAGGAGAAUUAAAAAGAGUUAGCAUUGAAGAGGAGGAAAAAUCAUUGUGUGUUAAGUUGCUCACUGAUUACUGCGGCAUUCCUUUGAAAUUAAAUCUGAAACUUACAGAAGGUUCCAAAGAAUUGUAUUUCCAGAAAGUAACUAGGGUAUUAUUGCAAGUGAUACAAGACCUUACAUUUAGCCAGCAAGAACUCAAAAAAGAAUUGUUUAAAAAGGAUGAAGAAAUUGAAGAAUACAAGUGUGAAGGUGGAGAAAUUGCUUUAAGGCACUUGAAAACAAUUCCAUUUAAUGAGAAGGAGCACAUGAACAGACAUACUGCAUUCAGUGCACAUUUUGGUACUUCUAAUAUUUUUCAAAUAUUACUUCAAAAGUCUGUUGUUGUCCCGGAUAUGAAAAAAAUUGAUAUGAAACAAGAAGAAUCAGAUUUUCUAGAAACACAAGACACAAAUGCAAUAUUGAACAAUUCUAGCAUUAAAAUAGAACAAAACAUAAAAGAACCAGCAGCAACCAUUUUAAAAAUGGAGACCAAUGUUCUGGAUACGGAUGUAUCUAAUGGUGAACAACCAAAGAUUGAAACUGAAGCCAGUGUUAAGAUUGAAAAUAUGAAACUGGAACAAUCUAAUUCUCGGAUAAGUAGACCUAUGGUUAGCCCGCAUAAACGCAAAAGGUCUAAAUUGAAUUAUUAAUAAAUUGUGAUAAAAUAUUAAUAGGUACAUACUACGCAUGUAAUAUUUCUUACAGUAUAUUAUAAAAUAAAUGAAGUACGGAGGAUUAUUUAUUGUCAAGUGGGUUUUUGUUAUCAUGCAAUUUAUAAAAAAAACUAUUAAGAACUUAUAUAUUUUAUAUUAAAACUUUUAUUAUACAUAGAACUGUUAAUAACUAACAUAAUUUAAUUGUGCUGAGUAGUUACUGGUAAUGAGAGUUAUUGGAGAUAUGUUCAAAAUAUGCAUAAUUUAUUAUUAAUUUCGUUGCAAAUACACAUUUGUACCUUCAUGACGAGAGGAAAGGUUUGGCUUGAUUUACUUUUUUGGAAGUACAAUCAACUUAAAAGUCGCUGAUUUUCUAAAGACAUUAAUGAUACUGACAACUUUACAUGUUGUAUCAAAUAUUAAUUUUACAAGUUUUAUUCCACAAGCAUUUGUUUAUGUCAUAAUCUCUAAAUGAUCAGUGCUUUUUGACUGAACUAAUUACGUAAGCAUUUGGUAUAACAUCCUCUAAAACUCCACCGCCUAUGUAUUGGAAUCACACUUGUUACCUGGCACUAUUUGUCAAGACAUCAUCUAUGAUACAUUCAUUCUAUUAAAGUAUACUUUUAUUUUAAAUAAAACAAUUUCAUAGUACUAAUAUUGAAAUUCAACAUGUUCUAAACAAAGCAGAUAUAAUUUAGGCCUAAUUUUGUCUACUCCAAAAACGUAGAUAUAAUAUUUUUUACUGCCAGCAGUUAAUAUUGUUAUGGGACCAGCCCAUUACGGGACGAACACCUUUUAUAGCAAUUAAAUAAAUAAACUGAAAUUAACUGACAUUUCAAUAAAUAAACUGAAAUUGACUGACAUUUCAAUUAAGUACAUAAUAUUAAAAAGUAAUUAGUGGUCAAGUUCGAGAAGAUAUUGCAGUCAGGGAAUAGGUUAAUAUUCUAAUUAGGUACUAAAAAUCAAUGCUGGGAAUGCAUUGCAUUUACCAGCAAAUACUGUGUGACCCUUUUGUUACUGCAGGUGGCAACACACAAAGUAUUAUCAUACUUACUUUAUGUAAAUAAUCUGUGCUUUAAUUUUUGUUUUGUAAUUAUUUAUUUGUUUCUUACAUGUAAAUGUUUUUAAUUUUUUUUCUCUCU